CUUCUUAACCUCUAGCGUCCCUGCAUGUGAUACACUCUGCAUGUGAUACACUCUAAUAUCAAAUAUACCAAAUAAAAUUAUCGGUGUUUGGUUUUCAAAAUCAUGGCACCUCUUUCCUAUAUAUUUCCCCCCUCUUUGGUUAUGAAAUAUGAUUAUUAAAAGAAAACUUUCUGUGGCGUGUUCACCAAAUACGAUCUAGACUAGAUAACCGCGACAGUUUAAUCUGUACAUAUAAGUUUUUUUAAAAAUGCGUGUGGCUAUAGUCGGAGUUGGUGCAGCUGGUUUAGCUUCAGCUAGACACGCUUUUCAAAAUGGAUUUAAGUGCGAUGUUUUUGAAAUGUCCAACGAAAUUGGCGGCACUUGGGUGUAUAGUGAUGAUGUUGGACAAGAUAAAUAUGGCUACCCUAUACAUUCGGCUAUGUAUCAAGAUUUGAGAACUAAUAUCGCAAAAGAAGCAAUGGGAUUUCCAGAUUUUCCAGUCCCUUCUCAAGAAAAAUCAUAUUUAACUCACGAAGAGGUUCUAAGUUUUCUUAAUCAAUACGCUGACUACUUUAAAUUAAGACAACAUAUAAAGUUUAACUGCAUGGUAACUGACAUUCGUCCAACUGAAGGUAAUAAAUGGCAAUUAACUUAUGUUUUCAAACCAAACAAGAAAAGUACUACAAACAUAUAUGAUGCAGUGAUGAUUUGUAAUGGUCAUUACAGUGAUCCCGUUAUACCAGAAGUUACAAAUUUACAAAAAUUUUCUGGAGAAAUACUACACAGUCACUCUUUUCGAUCACCGGUACCAUUUGCAGAUAAACGCAUACUUACGAUAGGAGCUGGACCAUCAGGACUUGAUGUAACCCUGCACCUGUCAAAAUGCGCAAAACAAGUUUACUUUAGUCACCACUCCACACAAGCCGCCAAAACCAUAUUUCCUAGCAACGUACAACAUAAACCUGACGUUAAAGGCAUCCUUAAUGAAAAAACAAUUGAAUUCGUCGAUGGGUCAUCUUGUGACAUCGACGUUAUACUAUUUUGUACUGGUUAUAGAUACAAUUUUCCAUUUUUGCAUGAAUCAUGUGGAAUAAUUGUCGAUAAUAAUUACGUUCAACCUCUUUAUAAGCACAUGAUACAUAUGGAAAAGCCUACCAUGUGCUUUAUUGGGAUUCCUUUUCAUGUUUGCACUUUUCAGAUGUUUGAUUUACAGGCAAGAUUUUUCUGUAACUACUUAAGUGGUUCAAUGUUGCUUCCAUCUACAGAAGAAAUGCGAAAACAAACGGAAACUGAAAUGGAGAAUAGAUGGGCUGAUGGUUUGACCAAAACAAAAGCUCAUUUUAUGGGAGAGUACCAGGAAAACUAUUAUAAUGAUCUAGCGAAAGAUGCUAACACUGACUCUAUUUUACCUGUGUAUAUUAAAUUGACAAAUAUCAGUAUAGACAAUUUAUAUAGCGAUUUAAUUAAUUUUAGAGAAAACAAGUACAAAAUUGUGGACGAAGAAAAUUUUGUAAAAGUAAAUUAGUUGAUAGUCUAUUACAUUUUAUAUUGUAGAAGAGACAAUACUACUUCCGAUGAAUCCUUCCUAAUUACAACUUACAACUAUUGUGAUAUGUGUAUUCUACUCUACACCUAGAACGAUAUAAACAAACUAGAUGCCAGGUUUUUAUAACUAAUUUUAGUUGUUUGUCAUUGGAUAAAAUAAACGUUUUUUUUUUACUUUGGAAGUUUUUUCAUUUAACUCAGAUAACACACAUAAUCC